CUACAACAAGGCUUCAUCUUCAUCAACUAAUAGCUCAGUUUCUACCUCCUCGGCCACAGCCGCAGCCGCAUCCCCUUUUUCCCUCAACGUCCGCCUCCGAGUAGAUUCCUCUGAUGCUUUAGAAAAGGUCCUCUUAGCUCGCAACACAGAACCGAUGGCGUCCGUUUUGCUAGGUUUUUUCCAGAAGAACCAGAGUAAAUCCAGGCUGCUGAUCGAUCUACUCCAGAAGUUUCUGCGGUUGACGAAACCUAUAUCUCUGAACUUCAAGCAGUUCACACUUAUCAAGGAUAUGUUCGACCUGUGCUCGUUUUCCGGUUUUGCUCCUUUUCUUCGCGCAUUGCAGAAGACGUGUGCGUUGAGGCACUCACAACUUGGCGCUCUGAUCCGCUCUGUUUCUCUCGAUCGCGUCCCACACCUAGUCGAAGCUUUGCUCCCCUCUCUCUGUUUCCGCAGAGACGCCCAUUGUCGAGGGGUGCAAUUCGAAAGACUGUUUCUCUCGGCAGACACCGUUCAUCGCGUCACCCGUAACAUGAUACUCCGAAAUGUUGGCAAUCUCUUCUUCUUCCAUCCUUAAGGCUAGUUUUUCACUACCGCGUGUGCGUGUGAAGUAAGUACUUAUGCUAAAAGAAGUGGAGCUCCUCUCGAUUUUCAGGAGCGCUAAGAAAAAGAAGUGGAGCUCCUCUCGAUUUACAAGGUGCUCAACCGAAGGGAAAAGGGGAACUCGUCACUUCACCAGGUAUUUAGUCAAAACUAGCGCUAACAUCCUCAGAACCCUACAGGCAGAUACGCCUUGAAGGUUUCAAGCUCUCCUUGCGACCGUGCAGUGCUGGAAACGCUGUUUCUGAUCAACGAGUGGGAAAAAUCGAUUGCCAAGUACUGCAAUCAACACGAUAUCGCUAUGGAUCUGGGCGGAACAAUGGGAGCCAAUACUACUGGGACGACUCAAGCAACUUCUACAACCGGAGCAGGCACCGGCCCAAGCGCACAACUUGGGAUCAUGAUGCCCGCUUCCUUCGAUUGGUCUGCUCUAUCAGUGGAAGACAAAUCCAUCGUUUUGGGUGGCGCACUCAGCAGCGAGCAAGCAAGUGCCGAGCAUCUGAUCAUCCACACGGACUUGAGCGAGUCUCAAGAUUGGAGUCAUUUUAGGAACUGCUGUAGGAAAAUCGUGCACGUUGAAGCUGGAGGAGUCAAGAAGAAAAGACAAUCAGGAGGCGGCAGUGGAGGAUCGCCCGAUGGCAAAGGUGGCAAUCAACAACAGAGUAGUAGUCCCGCUAAGAGGCGUGCCUCGGUUUUCGGUGUGGCUGCUGACAGUGACGAUGAAGUCGAUGGAAAGAAAGGAAAUGGAGCUUCUGCUCCGGCUGCUUCCAUUGUCGAGAAAUCCUACGACUACCAUAGAAACGAGACCCUGUCUAUGGUGUCAUCUGGUUCCGGAGUAGGGAGUGGAGGUGGCUCAUCUGGUUCUGGUCAUCAUCAUGAGGAGGAGGUCUUCUUCUUCGACUAUGCGUCGUCCCUUUGCGUCCAUCCACGCACCGAGAAAACGUCAACUGCAUUGAUCGAAAAGCUGUGUGCGCAGAUCGAAGCCAGUGACACACCGAUCUAUUCGAAAGUCAGAGCACUGCGUUCCGUUACUCACCUUCUGUGUCCGACGCUGAAGGACUUCAUCAGACUGCUGAAGACGUUUCCAGAAGGCACCGGCUGGCUAGACGAAGCAGAUCUGCGGUCAAUGACAUUAUUAAGGCUUCAGGUAAUCCAUCAUCUCCAGAGGCAUCCUGGGACCUUCCUCUAAGGGAAAAGCAAGCCCAGGAUGACACUCAAGAUGGAUUCCAGGAAGCUCUAACAUUAGCAGAAAGAAGCUGCGCAGGAGUGGAGGCACCAGAACCGCGAGCUGAGUUUUUUCUUCUCCUGUGGGCACGGUGUCCACAUCGCGAAGACGUGGCGUCACACAGAUUGCUUUACAACAAAAACGUCAUCUCCGAAGCCGCUCAAGCCAUGAUUAGCCGUCGCCUUGGCCGACUAGCAACAUUCGACGUUCGAAGAGCGUGUCUCAACACAGUACCCAGAGGCGUGUUUCACAAAGGCGCUUACGAUCUGAACCUGCGGAAACCAGAAGAUCGGGUACUGCUGUACGUCCUUGGCGCUUUGGUCAUAGCGGAAGAAGAAGCUGAAAUACUACAAGAAGGAGUAGCACGCGAAAGCGAGGGUGGGAAUGGUCUAAAGCUAGGACUUCCGCUGAAUAUGUUACAACUGAUUAUAAUUGAGCUACAGCGAGCUAACAUUGCAUGGAAGAUUAUUUGCUCUUUUAAGUACUUAUGAAGCAGGAUGAGCAUCUUCGAAUGAGAAUUUUCUCCUUCAUUCCCCCAUGCGUGACCUUUUGAACUGGCAGGUAAGACGCUUGUUCUAACCAAUGUGACGAACGCCCCACUGGAGCCUCAGAAAACCAGUUUUGCCGAAGUCGUAGCAGCUGCAGCACUCAAGAAUAGUGCUGUCAGUCCAGCAUCUAUUUUUGCUUCAUCUGCUUCUGGUCCUCCUGGUGCCUCGAAGAUGAGCGGCGCGAGUCGUGAGAACGCUCUCGCAGCAGCCGCUCUGCUGGAUCCUUUAGUGGAUAUUCCGACACUGGUCGGCAAAGCGGCUUUUCGAAACGGUCCUUCAACGAUCCCCGCAAAAGGCAUGGCGAAAAUCGCGAUCCUGUCGAAAAACGUCCGGGAUGAAGUGAGGCAUUUUCUGCGAGCGAGAUGGUGCGAUCCGACUUUUGUGUAG